AUGAAUAAUGAAUAUAAUGAAAUAUUAUUUUGGAAAGUUUUUAAAAAUAAAUAUUUAUUAAAUUAUAUAUUAAAAAAUAAAUGUUGUCGUAAAAGUAAAAAAUUUAAAAAUAUCACAUCAGUAGAUUCAAUGUUAAAACAUAAAUUAUAUCAACUUUUGAUAUGUAAAUUAAAAGCAGAUGAAAAUUUAAAAUUUAAACAUAGAAAUUAUAAAAUCAUGAAUGAAAUAAAAGAUAUAGAAGUAUUCAAAGAGAUAUAUUCAUUAUUACUUUUUAAAGGUUACCAAGGCUCUGAGGUUUUAUUCGAAAAGAUUUGGGGUAUAAAAUCAGUAGAUUUAUUUGAUUUUCAUAUAAAAUAUCAUCCAGAAGUAUUUCAAACCUAUAUAGAUCUUAAAAUACACUCAAUCUUCAUAUAUAAUCAUCCAAAAUUAAUAAUAAAGGUUUUAAAAUUUUUAGAAGAGUCCAUCAAUCAUAAUAAACCAUUUACUUUUACCAAAAUUGAAAGAAAUUUUAUCAUUAUGGAAUAUUUAUAUUAUAAACAACACCGAUGCAAUAGUGAAGAAUUUAAAGAAAAGAUGGAAAUAAUAUCUAAUAUUCCAAUAUCUUCAACCUCAAUACUUCAAAAUUCAUUUUCAAGUUCAGAUAAUAGUGUGGAUGUAAAUUGGUAUCUAAAAAAUAAAAAAUUAAUACCUUUUGGAUUUAAUAAUAUUCAAACAUCAUUUCAUUGCUCUAAAGAAACUUUAAGAUAUUAUUUCUCUCGUAUUGGCGAGAAGAGAGAUAAAGAUAUUCAACAAUCUGUUUAUUGCAAAAAUAAUUUAAGAAUGUUUUCAAACUUUUGUUCUGACUUUGAUUUUGCUAUUUCCGACAUCUAUGAAUGUAUCUCUUCAUCUAUCAAUUCAGUUUUAUUAUAUUUUAAAUUGUAUUAUUGCAACUAUCAUGAAUUUAGUAAAUCAAAAAGUAUACCAACAUCGAUUCAAACUCAAAUUGAUAUAAUAAUUGGAAAUAGUAAACAUAGUGAUUAUAAUGAAUAUCAAUCAAUUAAACAAUUAUUUCAACUAUUUAUUAAUGAAACUAAAUCUAAUGUUUUAUAUGCAUGGUAUUUAAAAGAAUAUAAUGAACCAAUUGACACCAUUCGACUCUGUGAAAAAAUUAAACUAUUGUUAAUAUAUUUUAUGGCAAAAACCUAUAGCACCAAUAUAUUAAAGUUUCUAUUGAAAAAACAUGUAAAAAUCAAUAUAACAAAAUCAGAUUUGGACUAUAUUGGUGAAACAUAUCUCAACACUUUAUUCAAAAGUAAUCAAAUAGAUAAUAACAAUAUUAUUAUGUUCUAUAAAAUCUAUUCCACACAAAAAUCAAUCAUUAUAGAAGAUAUUGAAGAAAAACCAUUAGAUGAUGUAAUAUCAACAAAGGAACUUAUCGAUUUGCCUGAAAAACAAUUUCAAUUAAUUCUAUUAUCGAAAUGGAAAGAAAUUACAUCAAAUCUAAUUGAUAAUGAUAUGAUUGUUACAAUUAAAGAUAAAGAAACAAUCGAUUGGUUAUCAGAUAUCGAAACAGGUGGUUGUAGUAUUUUAAAAAUAAGAAAUGCUUUAAAUUCAAAAUUAAAUCAAAUGAAACUUGAUUUUAGUACAUCAGAAUUAUUAGAAUAUGCAAGAAUCAAAUUUAAACGAGUAAUUCCAAUUUUAGAUUCAAAUAAACAGUUGUGUAAUAUUCACAUUUUACGUACUCAUGAUGAUAUUGUAUCAUUAAUCAAUCGAUUAAACCAAUCAAACUUUAAUGAUAAUGAAGAUUUAUUUAAAUAUUAUAUGAUUCAAAUUAUUCAAUUUGGUUCAAAAAAUUCAAUUAAAUACCUAAGAUUAAUUUGUGAUUCUAUUGAUGGGUUAUUGUUGGACUAUCUUGAUUGGGGGGUUUUAGUAAUGAGAAUAUUUAAUUACGAUUUGAGACUGUUUUAUAUUAACUCAUAUAUAUAUGAUAUUUGGGAUGUUUCGGCAGGUUAUCAUGAAAAUGAAAAAUUCAAACAAUAUAAAAUACCAACUCAACAAACAUGUCAAAUAAUCAAUCUCACUAAAAUUAAAGUAAAUUUCAAUAACUUUCCAAAUGUAACCUCUUAUUUAUUUCAAACAUUUAUUGAACUUUUAAAUUUUGAAGGUGUACAAUUUAUUCUUGAUAAUUUAAAUGGUAAAGAUUUAAAAUUACAUGAAAAAGCAUUUAAAGAUCGUUUUGAUCAUAGAAUCUAUACAUGCAAAUAUUUAUAUAAAGAUUUAAUUGAUAUUAUUCAGUUUUUAAUUGAUAGAUUCAAAGAUGGUCAAUUAUCAUUAUCAAAUUUAUCAUUGAUAUUAAAUUUCUUUUAUUUAAAGUUAAUUAGAGUCAAUAAUUUAACAAUUGACCAAAUUAAAACAGCUCAUCAAUUAAUAUCAAAUUAUAUCAAAAUAAAGAGUUCAAAAUACACUUCAUACUAUUAUUUAAAAACUUUUUCACCAAUCAUCGGAUCAUGUGUAGUCGUUAUUGAAGUUCCCUGUGGUAGUUCUUUAAAAGAACCAUUCUUGAAAUAUUAUAUAAAUACAUCAGUAUAUACAUUCGAAUAUAUAUUUACUGAUAGAAAUAAUAAAGAUUUAAAUCAAUUUAUCGAUUCAACAAUCAUGGACAUUGUAAAAGAUAACUUUAAUAUCCAAGUCUCCAAGAUGUUAGAUUAUAAUAAUCCAAGAGUUAAUUUAUUUUUACAUUAUUUCGAAAUUGAAUUAAAAUUUAGAAAGGAAAAUAAAAUCAAAAAACCAUUUUUAAAAUACCAACUAUUGAAAUUAAUAAUUAAAACAUUUGAUUUAGAAUCAUUUAUUAAAUUAGAUAAUUUAUUACAACAAUAUGAACAAGAGGAUGCUAAUGAUGAUGGUGGACAUGAAAAUAUAAUAGGAUCUAUAGAUAAAUAUAGAUCCUAUAGAUAUUAUGUCAAACCAUUAGCAUCUAAUAUGGUUGAAUGGUUUGGUAUAAUUGUAUACAAAGAUUAUUCAGAUUAUCAAGAUAUUAUAAAUUACUUAUUUAAUAAAUAUAAAAGCCAAUUGAAACCAUAUAAUAAUUGUUUAUUAAAAUAA